CAGAGCCCCAGACUAUACAUUGACCUGCACCGGCGCUAUUGGUGGCAUUGCGCUCUAUCCGAUUAAUUAAUUUGGAUUCACUGAGUGGUAGAAGUUCAGAGAGCACCAGAAACACCGUCAAUAUGCCCCCGAAAGGUGCCACGACUCGUCUCAACCCGGUCCGUCUGCAGACCAUCCCUCACCUUCGAGUCCGUCGUCCGAAUCAGCAUGAACAGAACCCCUGUGUGACAGUCAUGUCAUCGAUGCUGAGUUGCUGGGCAUCGGCUGGAUAUACCGCGGAGGGAUGCGCGGCCCUUGAGCAGCAAUUGAGGCAAUGCAUGGACGCACCUAAACCGAAGAGCAACAAGAAGAACACCAUCAAUUACCAUCUCAUGAGAAUGUACCCCAAGGUCGUCGGUCCCAAGAAGAGGGAGGGUACUCUUGGUUAAGAAUUCUUUGGCUGCAAUGUUUGUUGAUAUCUCGAAGCGUCGCGCAUCAUACCAGUUAUUCGAUGGUAGCAAGCAAGGUUUUUAUAUUGGUUGCUGGGGCCCCGGGAUGGGUGAUAAGCGUGG